UUAUAUGUAAGAGUUUGGAGGGAUAAGAGGAGGACAGAAUGGCGAACUCAGGACUGGAGAUAGUGGGUCUGAUAUUGACCCUGAUUGGGCUGAUUGGGACGGCCGCAAGCACGGGGAUGCCGAUGUGGCGAGUCACAGCUUUCAUUGGGGAGAACAUCAUUGUUUUUGAAACCCGCUUUGAGGGUCUGUGGAUGAAUUGCUAUCGGCAGGCUGACAUCAGAAUGCAGUGUAAGGUAUACGACUCUCUCCUGGCUCUGCCCCCUGAUCUACAGGCGGCCCGGGGGCUCAUGUGCUGCGCUCUGGCGUUGGGUGGCCUCGGUCUGCUGAUCGCUUUGCUGGGGCUGCAGUGCACGUCAUGUAUCAACAAUGAUCGAGCUAAGCGGAUGGUCCUCAUCAUUGCAGGAAUCAUGAUCAUAAUGGCUUGCAUCUGCAUCCUUAUCCCAGUGUCCUGGACAGGUCACGUCAUCAUCAGGGACUUCUACAACCCCUUGGUGAUCGACGCCCAGCGAAGGGAGCUCGGAGAGGCUCUUUAUAUCGGCUGGGUGUCCUCUGCUUUCUUCUUUGUUGGAGGAUGCAUGUUUCUUUGUUGCAGUCUGCUGUCCGAGGACAAAGGUUCAGAGAGGUAUGUGUACACAAGGAACUCCAACUACAUUACCUAUCCUCCUCAGCCCCUGCAGCCUCAACGGCUGGUGCUACUUCCGCAACAACAACCCCAGUUUCAGCCAGUGCUGUCAAGGUACCCAUCAACUAACUACAGCUACCCUUCCACAUACCCCUCUGAACGCAGCGGGGUGGCUUAUCUCUGAACACCUAGACUGACUGAGGUAAUGAUGAUCACAGUUCACAUGUUCAACAUAAGCAAGGGGAUUUCUAUUUUAAGAAGGCUUUGCUUGGCAGUGCAAUCUGUGACACAUUUCUAAAAUGUGACAACAUAAACAUUUCAAUACAACUGUGAAUUCAAAUGAGUCAAAUCCAUAUGGAUGUCUGUUUUAAAUCAACCGCAUUAUACAAUACUUGAAGAGUGUUGAGGAGUGUUGUUGUUGUUAAGAGCAAUGGUAAUAGAAUUUCAAUAUCAACGAUCUUUUCUAAUUAUAAUCCAGACUGUGUAAACCAAUACAUGAGUGUUGCAUAUUACAUUUUAUACUAACAGCCUUAUUUUUUUGUAUUUUAGGUUACCAAUUUUGUAAGCGUAUUCUUAAUAUAACAAUUCAUGCAGCCUUUAACCAAUGAGUAAAGUGACACGAGUAUUUGUGUUAACUGUUAAAUGCUAUUGCUUGUUGUUGGCACAUAUGACUGAACUAUGUAGAAACAGACCCAUUUUCCUUCAACAUUAGAUAUGCCUGAGCACACAUCUGUGUGGUAAAAAAAAGAACAUCUUGCAGCACCAAUCUCCCCCCAAAUACACACAGUACUCAUAUUGUUCUGCUUUUUUGAUGUUUUGAUCAAGUUACAUGUAGUAAUAGGACAGCAAAUGCUAAAUUGGCUAGUGAUUGUGUUGGAAAUUCUCAGACAUUUGUUUCUAAAAUUCUAAACAUUUUGUAAUAAUAAUAAUACAUUUAAUUUGUAUA